AUGGGGCUUGCGAACUUUACCGAUAUCGAUGUUUCUCGAAACAGGCUGGAAGGGGAUAUUUCGUUCAUGUUUGGGAAGAACACGAGUUUGAUUUACGCUGAUUUUUCGAGGAAUUUGCUGCGGUUUGAUUUUUCGAAAGUGGAGUAUUUUUCAAAGAGCUUGAGGGGUUUGGAUUUGAACCAUAACAUGAUCACGGGCAGCCUGCCCGUGGUGUUGGUUGACUCGAGUCUUGACCGGCUGAAUGUGAGCUACAAUCGGAUGUGCGGUCGGAUUCCGGUGGGCGGGAGGCUGCAGGAGCUUGAAACUACGUCGUAUUUUCACAACCGGUGCUUGUGCGGAAAAGAUAAAACCGUGUCGAAGUUGAAAUGGGCCGGGCAAAGCUUUGUUACCAAUUAUGGCCAUAUUCAAUACGACAACGAUGUUGUUCAUCUCUGA